AUGUUUCCCAAGAAACAGAAAGAUGCAAGGAAUGCAUGUCAGGUGGCUGCUGAAAUCGAUAGUUGCAAUGGUGGAAUGACAUCGUCAUUGAGAUGGCUGGCCUAUGGACCACGUGUGCGAGUCUUAAAGUGUGAUAGCUAUGUCAUAAAUGGCAAUUUAUACCAAACAAAAGAGCGAGAUGAUGAGAAAAUUUGUCAAAACAGUGGUGUUUCUCUACUUGCCAACACGAUGCUUGUUUGUAGUGCCAAAGAUAAGAAUCCCGUGUUAGAGAAUGUGACUUUUUAUGGAGUUAUUGAAGAGAUAUGGGAACUAGACUAUCAUCAAUUUCAAGUUCCUCUUUUCAAGUGCGCAUGGGUAUCAAAUGACAAAGGAAUACAAUACAAUGAUGAAUGUGACUUCACCUUAGUUAAUCUGAACAAACGAGGCCACCAGAAGGAUGAAUUUGUGCUUGCAAGUCAAGUUAGACAAGUAUUUUAUAUUGCUGACCCACUGAACAAAGGGUGGUCAAUAGUGCUUCCAGUUCCAAAUAGAUAUUACGAGGGAGAAGAGGAUCUUUGGACCAGAAUUCCCAAAGCUCGACCAAUUGAUAAUGUUGAUAUUCAUUGGAAAAGAAAAAUGCGUCCUAAAAAACAGCGAAAAAUAGCAAAAUAUGAUGAGCCACGUGUAGUUGAGGACACCGAACUACACCAAGAUGCUGAUGGGUUAGCCGCUGCAGAGCUACGAGGAGAGACUGAAAUAGAAGAACCUUCUAUUACUGGGCAAAAGAAGACUCGGGGGCCUACAUCAAUGUGCAUACUUAUUGCUGCUGCAAGAUGGGGAAAAAAGUCAACGAUUGAAUAUGAUGACAUGGGACGACCUGUGUACAAUGAAAAUGGGAAGGCACUACAAUCUUUCAUAGGCUCUGUUGUUAGAUCCAUGGUGCCAAUUAACAUAAAGUCAUGGCCCACUGUUCCAGAGAACAUGAAACAAAAAGUGUGGGAAGAAAUAUCGAAUGUCUUCGACUUAGCACCUCAAAGCGAGGCGGCAGUGAUGAGUUCAGCAGGCCAGAAAUGGAGAGACUUCAAAAAUAAACUCAACAGUAGGUUUGUCUGGCCAUAUAGAGAUAAUCCUGAAAAACUGAGGUCACCACCGGAGCAGUAUCAGAUCCCAUCUGCAAUUUGGAAAGCUUUUGUCGAUGAGAGGCUACAUCCAUCUUGGAAUGAACGGACGAGCCAUUGCAAGUAUCAUCACAAAAUGUCUCGCAAGGGUUACAUUGGCUUGGAGACUGAAUUGAGGCAGAGAAAAAUAUUCAGGGAGGAUGAGGAAGUUGAUAGGUCAUUACUUUGGCGUAAGGCCCGCGAGGACAAAUCCGGAAACAUCACAAAUACAGAGACUGCUGAAGUUGCUGAAAAAAUUGAUGAUUUGUUGGACAAGAAAAAGAGGGGAGAGUUCAUAUCUUCUGGAAGCAAUGACGUAUUAACUACUGCAUUAGGGAGCCAAGAACAUUACGGAAGGGUUAGAGGUGUAGGGGGAUUUGUGAAGCCCCAAGUCUACUUCAAAACUCCAAGGAAGAAGAGGGAGUUGGUGUCAAAGGCUUUGGUUGAAAACUUCAAAGAGCAAGCGGAGGAAACAAAGAGUUUGAAAGCUGAAGUUGAAAAACUCAAGGCUCUUCUUGCUUGA